UCAUCGAGAAGAGCGCUCGCAGGAGUUGACGGCAGCAAUGCGUCACACAAGUCGCAUGUACACCACCAUAGGGCACCUGUUUGCUGCUCAGCCCAAGCUGGAUAUUAAGCCUUAUGCUGAUUUCAUAAAGCAUUAUGAGGGCUUACUUAUGUCAAUACCUGAUAUGAUUAGUUUCCACAAGGACACAACAUCGAAAGAUGAAGACUGCCAAUUGGAACUCAAAGAUGGAAAAAUCAGCAGUGGUAAUGCUGACCAAGUUCAUAGAAGAGCACAAGUUGUAACCUAUGCAUUGAUGG